AUGUACGUCUACCUCGCAGAGAAGAAGCAGGACAAGGCACCCAUCAUCGUGGCCAUCCACUACUGCGGCGGCAGUGCCACGGCCUACUUCACGUUCAACAACAACAAAUACGCGACGCUCGCCGACGCCAAGGGCUACAUCAUCAUCUACCCCAGCGCGCCGUCGUCGGGAGGGUGCUGGGACGUGGCUUCCAAGCAGUCGCUCACGCACAACGGCGGUGGCGACAGCCAGACAAUCGUCAACAUGGUCAAGUACGCCGUCGACACGUAUGGUGGCGACCCCGAGCGCGUCUUUGCCACGGGCACCAGCUCGGGCGCCAUGAUGGCCAACGUGCUCGCCGGCGCCUACCCCGACGUCUUCAAGGGCGUGACGGCAUACUCGGGCGUCGCCGACGGCUGCUUCUACGUCAGCGGCGCCACGGCUGGCACGUCGUCGCCGGGCUGGAACAAUGCCUGCGCCAACGGCCAGUCGUCAAAGACGGCCCAGGCUUGGGGUGAUCUCGCCCGCAGUUACUAUCCGGGUUACACGGGAAGUUAUCCCAAAGUCAUGAUCUGGCACGGAACCGCCGACACCACGCUGCGCUAUCCCAACUACGCAGAAAUGCUGAAGCAGUGGUCCAACGUGCUCGCCGUCGACUUCUCCAAGAACGUUUCAAACACGCCAGAGGCAAAGUACACCGAGUCCGUGUACGGCGACGGGACCAAGCUCCUGGGGUUCUCUGCGCAGGGCGUCGGUCACAACGUCCCGAUUCACGAGCAGGUCGAGCUUGAUUUCUGGGGCAUUUAG